GCCAGUUUUGCCUAGCCAACAGCUCUCUCCACCAAUCAUCAUGGCCUUUGAUGGAACUUGGAAGGUUGACAGAAGUGAAAACUAUGAGAAAUUCAUGGAAGUUAUGGGUGUAAAUAUAGUGAAACGGAAGCUGGGGGCACAUGACAAUCUGAAGGUCAUAAUCCAGCAAGAUGGAAACAACUUCACAGUGAAAGAAUCCAGCACAUUCCGUAACAUUGAAAUCAAGUUUACCCUUGCACAACCCUUUGAGUAUUCUCUGGCUGAUGGAACAGAACUCAAUGGUGCCUGGUUCCUACAGGACAACCAACUUCUUGGAACUUUCACCAGGAAAGAUAAUGGAAAAGUUCUGCAAACUACUAGACAAAUCAUUGGUGACGAACUUGUUCAGACAUAUGAGUAUGAAGGUACAGAAUCAAAAAGGAUUUUCAAGAGAGGCUAAGUGUUAGUACUGGAUAGAAGAAACUAUCGGCACAUUGGGCAUACAACAACAAAUGCUAACCAUUAUUGACCUGACGGGCCAUCUAUUGUACAUAUCAUUGGUAAAAUGGUUUCAAAAUGCCCCUAGGAUUUUUGUAUUUUUCAUAUUAUUCAAUAAAUGUGGUUCCUGAAAUGUCA